AUGAUUGUCUGUACUUUUAAUGAGCGUAUGCUGGCAUCUACUGCAUCCAUUGAAGACCUUAUGGUACAAGCACGAAAGAUCAAGUACGACAUCAUUGGUCUAACCGAAACGAAAAGACAUCAAUCCCAUCAUGCUGUUUUCGACACUGGAGAAGAACUGUUCCUUGGAACAUGUGAUAAAAGAGGCAUCGGUGGUGUCGGUAUCCUUGUCAACACAAACUUAGUCACGAGCAUUGAUUCAUUUGAAUGCCUAACAACCCGAAUCGGACGAUUACACUUGAAUAAAUGUGGCUCACUACCGGCAGUUUCUAUCUUUGUUGUCUAUGCACCAACAUCCAGUUAUGGUGAAAAAGAAACUGAGAAAUUCUACAUGGAGCUGGAGAAAUUCUAUAAAGAAGGUCACACCUUCUACAAGAUCAUUGUUGGUGAUUUUAAUGCCAAGGUAGGACCAAGAAGAUCAGUCGAUGAACUCCACAUCGGAACCCAUGGCCUGGAAUGGAACGAACAGGGUGACAGACUAGCUGAAUUCAUCAUGUCAACCAAAACUUUCCAUGGUAACUCACAAUUCCAAAAGGCUGAAUCUAAACGUUGGACAUGGGAGUCUCCUGAUGGACGGUUCCACAAUGAAAUAGACCACAUCAUAUUCAAUCGGCGGUUUUGCCUAACCGAUGUUACUGUUGUCCCAAAAUUCCAAACGGGAUCAGACCACCGUCUUCUUCGUGCAAAAUUCUACCUCACAGAACGAGGAGAAAAGAAUGCAAGGUUUAAGAAGAGGACUCCCAGAACAACCACCAACUGGGAACUCUUUGGCUCUGUUGCGGCAACAUGGGAAGAUGCUGUCAUUGACAACAUUGAUGAGGAAUACGAUCGAAUGAUUCAGCACCUCCAUGAUUGUGCAAGGAAUGCCAAGAGAGAGAUAACCACAAAAAACCGUCUUUCUUCGAACACUCUUGAACUUAUUCGCCAACAUGGCUUGGCACGUGCCUCAGGCAACCACAAGCAAACGUCCGAACUGGCAAAACAGUGCAGAAAAGCCAUCAAGGAUGACCUCAAAAACAGGAGAGCAGCAGUACUGGUAGAUGCAGCAGAAGCUGGGAAAAAC